GCCAGGAUCAUUGGCAGCCUCCAUCACCACCACCAUCACAGCAACCAGAGCACGCCUUCCUUGGCUCUCGACUCGCCUCACAAACGCGGGUGGCGCGCCUGAGUUUAUUCCCACGCAGCAAGUCCGACCCUCCACACUGCGCAUUUUCGCUAUCAACCCCAAGAUCGGCAAAGACGGGGCGCAGACUGAUGCACCUCCGACCGCGACGCUGCUAGCGACGCGUACUCUCGCGGCCUGGCCUGGCUCAUCAUCUUGGCGUCGAUUUACCUACCACACACCAUCAUGCCUCCUUGCCCGAGACACUUUCAUACUUGUUUCAGGAAUGACUGCAGUUCGAGCUGCCCACUGUCCGCAUAGAAGGAUACAACGGCGUUUGUCCUCGGCUUGUUUGGUGAUAGACUCGGUUGCAUUUUGCUCAUCUUUCCCCCUUAGAGGACCGCCCACUACUACCCCACCAACGACUAGGCAUUGCCACCAAUACGACUUUUCCCGCCUUUGCUGCAAACCCCCCUGGUGUACUGCUAGCAGCAUUCCCAUGGUUCUCCGUGGGACUUCACAUCGCUUAUCUGGACGACGUCUCGGCAAUCUCAACCAUACACGACAAUCACCUCUACAUCACUACAAUCACAUCACUUGCGCUGCGACGACACUCCUUGUUCUGGAUCCAUCCUUCCACACCACAACACCCAACAUACCCUAUACAGCGUUUUCAUUAUCUCUCUCUCUCUCUCUUUUUCUCUCUUUCUCUCUCUACCUCCUAUACAUCUCAUAUUAUCUCUGCAUUUAUCUUUACCGGCGCGAAGGGGACAGGGGUUGGGAUAGAACAGGGGAGAACUUGGACUGGUACCGGUCGAAUCAUGUAAGACUUUCUAGAAGACAAGUCGAAGAGGGGUGGGGGGCUGGAAUGGACAAUGUGCGGACAGAGCGACGGAGAAUACACGGUGUCACAGGUGUCUUUGGUAUGCUACAGACCGGGACAGGUCGGUUCUCGGGGAAAUCAGGUAACGGGGAUACAACAUUUUGGUGGGCUGCACAUAGCAUUAUACCCUUCGCUUUGCUUUUGAUGGCUUCGGGAUCCGGGUUUUCGGUAUUGUCACAUAUGGGAUAGUCUCCUGAUAAUCAUAAUCGCUUGACAUCUUUAAGAACUUGGUCUUCGUUGUGCUCGCUGUGUGAUGUU